AGACACGUGCAUUGCUGUUGGUUGCGUGUUGCACCAUUUCCGAUUUGUCGAAGGAUCCGCUAAUUCGAUACCAAAAGUUUUUUGCAUCGAGCAAAUGAAACAAGGCACCCCCGCCAACCCCAACCGAAUCCACUAGGGCAUUGCUGCUGCAAACAAAAGAGCCAAAGAACCGACAAAGAUCCCGGCAGAUGGAGCUGGUAAAAUCGUCAUCUCUGAAGUACGCGGGCCUCGUCGCCCUGCUCGCGAUCGGGUUUCUCUUUCUCCUGUACUGUUGCAAGGAAUUCCGCCAGCAGAAGCCCCGGACCUAUCUACACGAUAUCGAAGAAGACGAAGAGAAUCCGGACGAUGGGGACACAGUGGCCACGUGCAACGAAAAUCUCGAAGGAAAAGGAACCGAUGGUUCGGGCUUCGAUUCGGACGAAACCUUUGKGGGAAAGCAGACACAAAAGACCAUGGCAAUCACGGAGGAUGUCGUCUGCCUUCCGAACGGAAACAACGAAACAUAAAAAGCAGCAAAAUCUUCUCUUCCGGAACCGACGGUUCGGGCUUCGAUUCGGACGACACAAAAGACCAUGGCAAUCACGGAGGAUGUCGUCUGCCCUCCGAACGGAAACAACGAAACAUAAAAAGAAGCAAAAUCUUCUCUUCCGGUGCAUGGCAUCCCUGCCUUCGCGAAGAAAUGUAGUUCAAUAGU